CAAAAAAAAUGGGAAACGUAGUGGGUCCGUAAUUAAGCUAAAGUAGAUGAAUGCGUCGCUGGUGCGUGCAAAUUGAAGUCCCCGAGCAAGGACCCACUGGAACCGGAGAACGCACCCACAUUUCAGGAGUUUUCGCGGGGGUCAGCUAUAAAAGGACACUCCGCAUGGAUGGCGCAGCUUAGUCGCCUUCCAAGCGUCCAGUUUCGUGGACAAUGGCUGACAUUAAAGAGGACGAGGAGCAAAAGUCGGGCAUCAGCAUUCUGCCCGGUCCGGAGCUACUGGCUCUUCCAGGAUUUGAUACCCGGGCGAGUAUCGCCUCGGCUGCUCUGAGUGAUGUGCCCAGUGAUGUGAUCAUCAAGUCGCGCAUUCGAUACGGAAGUACUUUGUCCGCCUGCAAAGGCCUACUUCUGGAGUACGCGAAGAGUACGACUAUUCACGGCAUCCGAUAUAUCUUUGAGGUUCACAGACCCAUCUACGAGAAACUAUAUUGGCUGUUCUUCACUUGCAUCUCCGUCUACUUUGCCGUUUCCCUCAUCUGGGAUACCUAUCUUAAAUGGCAGGAUUCGCCGGUCAUCCUGGGCUUUGAUGAGACUCUGGUGCCUGUGCAUAAGAUACCCUUUCCCACAAUCACCAUCUGUCCAGAAAUCAAAAUGGAACGGAGUGUCUUCGAUUACACGAACGUAUCACGUCUACUUUGGAACGAGUACAAGGAGAGUGGCAAUGUCAGCGAUUUAGACGAUGAAGACUUGGUCCGAAUGGCGGCUGCAAUGCACAUCUGUGAUCCGGACGUGGUGCAGCGACUCGCACCGUUGCUAUCGCAACUAAAUCCUACGAAUGUGGACGUAACCGAAACUCUGAUUGACUUGAGUAUCUCGAAGAACGUGACGGGGCCGUUUUGCAAGUGGAAUGGACGGUUCUACUUCUGCAACAAGAUAUUCGACUUCGUGGCCACCGAUGAGGGUAUCUGCUAUCAAUUCAACGGCCUGCGACCAAAGGACAUUUAUCGCGACGAGAACUUCAUCAGUUAUGUCGAUCCGGAUGUAGUGAACUUUAACGACUACUUCGAUGUGGACCUGCCGCCCUGGAACAACAUAACUGGCAAUUGGUCACUGGAUACCGGAUUCGUGGACCAGGGUCAGAAUGCGUAUCCCCAAAGGACGGUGUUCUCAUCGGUGAAGAAUGGGUUCUUCGCCUUUUUGCAGGGUUUGCAGCACAACUUUGACUACGAUUGUCGCAGUUUCAAGCAGGGCUAUAAGGUCUUUCUCAACUCCCCGGAGAGUGUGCCGCUGACGUCGGGCAAUUAUAUCUUGGUGCCCCAUGGCGAUGAGGUCCUGGUCAGUGUGCUACCCGCUUAUGUCGUGUCCACCGACAAUUUGCACGAAAUUACCCCAGAGAAACGACAGUGUCUGUUCGAUGAUGAGCGAUCGCUGCGCUUCUUCAAGUCCUAUUCGCAGAGCAAUUGCCAAACCGAAUGCCUGGCCAACUACACGGUUUCCAAAUGCGGUUGUGCCAAGUUCUGGAUGCCCAAACCCGUGGGCACUCCCGUCUGUGGACUGAAUGACAUCACCUGCUACACAACUGCCCAGGAUGAGCUCUACGCCCAGCUGCAAAAUGAGACGAUGGCCAAGAGCAUCGAUGACAGUGUCGACAUCACCUGCAACUGCAUGCCGGCCUGCACAUCGCUUGAGUAUAAUUUCGAGAUUUCCAGGGCCAAAUACGACGUGGGCAAAACCAUUCGAGCCUUCCGCGAAGUGUAUGAGCAUACAGAUGCCAUUGGAUCUCGACUCUCCGUUUACUUCAAGGAGCAUCAGUUUACGGCCAUUAAACGCACAAUUCUUUUCGGAGUCUCCACCUUGAUUUCCAACUGCGGUGGCAUCUGCGGCCUGUUUAUGGGAAUCUCGUGCCUCAGCUUCCUGGAGCUAAUCUACUUCUUCUGCAUGCGAAUCUGUGGAAGUUGCCGCGAUAGGCGUAAGCACAAAAUCCAACAGCAGAACUCAGUGGAUCUACCGGAGGAUGAAUCUGAGAAAUAGUCGGCGAUCUAAAAGAUCACCAAACUUGAUUUUCAAUCGCAUAACACGUUGUGUAAACGCAUAUUUGAAAAUAAAUC